GUUGCAUCGAUCGCACAUGCUCACACGUCAAAAUGUGAAUUAGUUUCGGGCUGUAACUGUCUCGCUCGUCUCGAGCCCCCCGCCGUCGCCCCAACACUCAGAGCAAAUGAGUUACUGUGCAUAUUGGCGUGUAUCUCACGGUCUCUAGGUCCGAACCGCGACCAGCUUUCAACAAGGCGCCCUCAGUCGACCGACAUGGUCCGACACAAGCAAACUACACCAAAGCAUGCAAAAGAAAGGGUGCCAACUGGGGCUGUGCCGCUGAAAGCGCCAGCAUACCGCGCAGCGCGCAAGACGCCUGCCACCCAGUACAGGGGGCCUGAGCCAACCAGCCACUUCCGCCGCCACAUCGUAACGGCGCUCGUGGACUGCGUCACCUGCAUGGUAUCGCGGCCCUGCAAGCGCGGGCUGGAGACGCUGAUUGCCACCAGCGAUGGGCUGUUGCUGCGGCUGCCGGAGCCACCGGAGCCCACUCGCGCUCGCCACAACCUAGACAUGUGCCAGGCCCUGGAGCUGCUCGGCACCGACGGCACGCCGUAUGUGGUACAGCCCGGCGGCUUCAUCGCCGCCACGUGGGAUGCGUUCUCUGAGUCCGUGCUGCUGCUGGAGGGCGGCAAAUCCGAGGACGAGGAAGACUACUUGCGGCUGGUGCAGCUGAAGGAGGUGGAGGAUGGGCGCAACACCGUGUCACUGGUGACGUCCGUGUGGGGCAAGGGCCGGCGGGAAGUCCGGGCCAGCAAGCCAACACCGCGCGAGCACAGCAGCGGCAGACGCAGCGUCGACAGCAAGGACUGGCAGGGGUAUGACAGCGAGGUGGGAGAGCUCAGCGAGUACGAGGGCUCCGAGGAUUGGGACGAGGACGACGUUGCAAGUGUGGACAGCCGCGCUGACUACGACGCCGCGGUCGUUAAUAGCCUGCUCGCCUCGGACGGCACAGGCCGCGUGUUCUGGACGAGUGGGCCAGCCAUUGACUGCACUUGGCUGCCGGCACACAUGCGGGCUGGCGGCAGCGGCGAUUGUGUGGCCGCUGCGGGCGUUGAGAGUGGAGGCGAGCUGGUCAGGGUUGAGAAGUUCUGGAAGGUUGCCACGCCGCUGCGGUCGCACAUCUGCGGGCUGGCCUUUAUGCCCGGCGGCAGUGGUGGAGGCGGCAGUAGCAGUGGUGGGGCGGCUCCCUGCCUGGUGGCGGCCACACAGACGGCGGUGUUUCGCGUUGAGCUGCCUAACGAAGCGGAGGUGGAGGCAGCGGCGGCAAAAAUGGCGGCGGCUGGCGACACAGGAUACUGCUGCGCCGUGAGACAGCCAAUGGAGCUGCUGGCCGGCGACGAGGUAGAGGCAGGCAAUGGCUCCGCCAACGACGAUGACGGCACGGGCGGGCCGUCAGGCAGAGCCCGCUUCAUGCGAAUUACGGGCUUGGUGGCAGCAGAGGACAGCGACGGGGCGCCGAUUCUGCUUGUGCUGGAGCAGCGGUCGUUUGAGCUCACGGCUGUGCGCAAGAUCCGCGGCUGGCAGUGGUCGGCCGCCGAGGGCGGUGUGAAGGCCCCCGCCGGGGCCUUUGGCGACGAUGACGAAGAUGAAGACAGUGACUACUGGUGCAGCGACGAGGAGGGCAGUCAGGGUGAGGAUGAGAGCGAGGGCGACGAGGAGGGUGCGGAGGAGGGCGAGGAGUUUGGCGGAGAGCGCAAGCACCGCAACAGGAAGGACAGCGGGGAGGAAAGCAGGCAGGGUAGCGGCAUGCCCACCGGCACGGUUCGUGUCAGCACGCUGGAGCAGGUGUACGACCUGCAGGGCAGCCCCGUGGUGCUGCCCUGCGGCUGCCUGGCGUAUGUGCCUCGCGAGGGGCACAUGGACACGGUCGAGCUGCUGCGCCUGGGUGUGCGGCCGCUGCAGCCACAGCUACAGCCGCCCUGCGCCCGAUUACAGCAGCCCUGCGGCCACGUCAGCAGCCCGCCCGACCUGGGUCUUGUGCAGCUUGGUGGCUGCUGCUUGGUGGUGCGCCGCGGCCUGCUGGCGCAGCGGUUCUCCAACCUCCAACGCUUCCGCACCAACAAGACCGGGCCGGCCUGGGACAUCCCGCGCUACGACCUGAGCACCUGCGACCCCAAGCUGCUCCUGCAGCUGCUGCGAUGGGUGUACACGGGCACGAAGGUGGAGGUGCCGCCGGAGCGGGUGCAGGCGCUGGCGGAGGUGGCGGGGCGGCUGGGCGCGGCGGAGCUGGUGGAGCAGGUGUGCCGGCGCGUGAUGGCGCGGGUGGACGUCAGCACGGUGGUGGACACGCUGGUGUGGGCGGAGUCGCGCGGGCCGGCGUUCCGGGGGUUGCAGGCUCAGCUCAAGUCCUGGUACCUGGCGCAUCAGGAGGAGGUGAUGGAGCGGGCGGAGCACAGCGUGAGAUGGCUCAUGACCAGCCGGCCCAAGCUGGCGCUGGAGCUGUGGCGCAGCACGCUGCGGGCGAGCACAGGGAGGGGGGCGCUGGAGGACGCCACCAACACCAACAACAAGAGGCACAAGCCUGCGUCUACGCUCCGCGAGCUGUGGGGCUGCUGAGUGCUGAAGCGCCGAGACAACCGCCGGCAAAGAAGACAGACUCACGUUGGUGCUCGUGUUCUACAAGGGGCAGGAUGCAGGGCUGGGUGCUGCGGCGUAUUGUUGCUAUUGUUGAGGGAUGGGGACAUCGGGUAGGGUGGGAGGCCUGGCAGCAGUGCCAGUGCACCACAUGCAUGCGCGCGGCGUGAAGCAAC